AUGCGCCAGAUCUUCCCCGGGAAGAAAUGGACGAUGAAGCCGUUCAGAUACUUCUCGCGAGUCAGCGCUGGCGAGAACAUCAACCCGAUCCCGCUGCUCCGUGACAUUGACCAGCCGUACAUAUUCUCGGUCAAAGUAGCGUCCAAGAGCCUUCGGUUCGAGUUCUACGACACUUCCAGUCCCGAAAACUGGCGCCUGCUGGACCCGGACGUCAUUGUCAUCUGCUACGACAUCAGCCAGCGCCUGAGCCUCAUUAACAUGAAGAGAUAUUGGAUCAAUGAGGUGAAACAGUCCUUUUCCCGCAUGGAUUCGCUGCCGGUGGUAGUGAUGGGGCUGAAGAGGGACUUGCGGUCUGAGAAUGAUCCGAAUGGCAUCAUAUACCCACAGGAUGCCUAUCGAAUGGCCCAAGAGAUGAGAGCAGAUCGUUAUGUCGAAUGCUCGGCGGUGACGGGAGAGCUGGUGAGGCCUGCGUUUGAAGACAUCUGCAAGACGGCUGUCGGGACGACAACGGAGAAGGGCGGACAGAGCGAGGGCGGUUGCACGAUGCUGUGA